GGGAACUGCAUAUCACUUACCACGCACGCAGCGCGUCGCAAGAGAACAAAAUUUGUUCACACCUCUUGAACGACGCCCAACGGUAUCUUUCGACAAAAUCAGCCUUUUUAAUCGGUUUGGCUUAGUAGUCGGCUUCCGAGGCGCUUGGCACACGGCGAGCGCUAGCCUUCGCACGUCGUGGAGCUGUGUUAGCUGACGCCGGUCCUACAAGAGCCUCGGAGGUCGCCCAAGGAGCUCUGUCCGCGCGGCUCAGCAGCAUGGAAGCCCCGGAUAUUUCAAAGGUCGAGCAGCCAGCGUCUUGCAGCGGCCGUGCCGACGGCAGCCCGCAGGCCGGGGCUAGCGCCCUGGGCAACCUCCCUCGCCGGUCGCUCGACAGUGGUGCCAGCUCGCCCCCCGCAAACCGGGUGUCCAUGCACAGGCCGUUCGCCGCACCACCGGGAGCACUUCGCGACACGGUCUCCAUGCAGCAGCCGGUCACUGUGCACUCGCCAGACAUCACCUGCCAUCUCCGGCCGAUCGUGAGCGCCCCCCAGCCCCAUACCCCCACCGGCGUCAAGGGCGUGCCAACCCAGAAGAACAAGCUCGAGUGCCUGAUCAUGAGCCCAACGCGCAAGACCGCAGCCAAGACAGGGAAGUGGAACUACAGCGUCUCAGUGGACGGCUCGGCAGCGGCGCUAGUGGGGGUUAGCGCCGUGCCGCACACACCCAUGGCAUCCGACGCCUGCGGCGGCACGGCCAAGGUGUCCGCCGAUGGUGUGGGGCUCGGCGGCGCCGCUGCCAACGGCAAGGGGCUGCGGCUGCCCGUACUGCCGCCCAUGUCCUCGGCAGAGUUCUCGCCCACAUCGGCCACGGUGGGGGCACUCAGCGCGCUAAACAUGGCGGGUACGCCCGUGGGGCUGUCAGCGGGCCUGAUGGACGCCCGCUCUCCGCAGUCCUAGUCCUCGCAGCAGGGUGUAUUGUAGACAUUGUGUAGCGGUAGUCAUAAACUGUGCGAGCAUAGCUGGUGUGAUGAAAUGCGUAGACAGCCGCCCUGCUAGCAGGAAACCGCAACGGGAACUGUGCGCGCUGCUAUAGGCCAGAUUUACCGGUGCCCGAUGCGAGCAGGAGUUUAGAGGAAACCACUAGAUAUGUUAUGGCGAGUCCGCCGCGAGCACUCUUGCAAGACUGUGGGAUGUGGUCAUUGCAACCUAGCUGUCAACGGCCCGGGUUAUGGUGUCAAUGCAUUGAUUUGGGCAAGUGGCCCGCUUGGCAUUGCCCUUGAUGCCCGGGCCACUGAUCUUGAGGACAAGCAGGGCGAUAGGAACUCUGAUGGUAGGCAAGCAGCCCGUGAGGCUCCUGCAUAGCUGCUGUUUACGGUAUGAUGUGUGUGAUGGAGUUUCACGAAUGACGCUGCCAAAAGUGCACCCAAAGCUUUGUGACGGUAACGCCGUGAACAUGGCAACACUUGAGUAUUAGUGACUGAUUCUUGAUAAUCAGUCAUUGUAAGGGAAGGGCUCGAGUAUCAACAGAUACACAUAAUGCACCCAUUCUGGGGCUCAACCAAGCACCGUGUCAGGUUGCAUUCUACACACGCCAAUCUGUGUAACUGGGUAUGCCU